AUGCAGGGUUAUACGUCCUUCUGGAAUGACUGCAUAUCUUCUGGAUUGCGUGGAGGCAUUUUAAUCGAGCUGUCCCUGAGGGGUCGUGUUGUCUUGGAGCCAGCCACACUAAGGAAGAAGCGGCUUCUGGAUAGAAGGGUUCUUUUGAAGUCUGAUGCCCCAACAGGUGAUGUUCUAUUGGAUGAGACUCUGAAGCACAUUAAAGCCACAGAUCCUGCAGAAACUGUCCAGAGCUGGAUAGAAUUACUCACUGGUGAAACUUGGAAUCCAUUCAAGCUUCAGUUUCAACUGCGCAAUGUACGAGAACGCAUUGCCAAGAGCUUGGUGGAGAAAGGAAUUCUAACCACAGAGAAGCAAAAUUUUCUACUCUUCGACAUGACCACCCAUCCUGUCACCAACACCACUGAGAAGCAGCGGCUGGUGAAGAAACUGCAAGAAUGUGUACUUGAAAAAUGGGUUAAUGACCCGCAUCGCAUGGACAAACGGACACUAGGAUUGCUGAUACUGGCUCAUGCCUCCGAUGUUCUGGAAAAUGCCUAUUCCUCCCUGCCCGAUGACAAAUAUGAUAUGGCCAUGAACAGAUCGAAAGAUCUCCUAGAUAUGGAUCCUGACGUAGAAGCCAGCAAACCCAAUUCCACCGAAAUGAUCUGGGCCGUAUUGUCCGCUUUCAACAAAUCUUAA